UAAUGUUGGAAAAGAAAUUAUUAAAAGUCCCCUUUAAAUGGGAGACAUAAGGAGUUAAUGUUAUUUUAUUAUACACAUGUUUAGUCCCACAUUUAUGGUGUGUUGGGAUUUGAGCCCAAAUAUAGUUAUAAAUAAGAGCUUCAAGGCGGAGAGCGACAUCUUGGAAAUGGUGUAUCUUGGAAGUGGUGAUUUUCUGGAGAAAUUCUGGAAAUUCUUUUUGGCAUUUGAGGACGUAAUCCCUCAAGUGUGACAUUUCCUAUGCCUGUGAGAGACCAGGUCUGGGAAAUAUUGGAAAACUAAAUAUUUUGUGCAGCUGGGAAUGACACAGGAGGACGUUGGGUGUGAGUGUUGAAUAUUGAGCAAAGAUUUCCAGCUAAGGUUUUGGCGUUGAAUCUAUACAAGCUGAAAGGGGAUACUCAGGGCCGUAUUUUGUAGUUGACACCACUAUACUGCUGGGCAUGGAUGAAGUGCUGGCUAUCUAUACUGCUGGGCGUGGGAGAAGUGCUGACUGUCACACUACGUAGUCCAUAUCACCUUGCUGAGUCUCAAAAAAGGUGUAGUGCAGAUUUGUGAAGUCUGGGAGAGGGCCAUGGCAGACCUAGAAUGGUCUUGCAGGUGUUUGCAGUUGCUGCGACUUCCCAUGGGUGCCAUUCAGUCAGAAAUUGCAGUUCGGGAACAGCACAUACCCUCAGGCCGUUCUAUAUUUUGCAAUGCUGAAGUGGCUGGGUGUUGGUCUUAGCACUGAACAAGCUAUAUCUCCAGCGUUAGUGAGAAGAAUAUCAUAGCAGGGAAGAGCUGGCAAUGCAGUUGUUCGCUGACCCCUCCAUUUGGUGUGUUCGAACUUGAUUGGAAGCUGCUGUUUGACGGUUUGGGAAUGGUCAUUUCAGAACAUUGUGAUAGUCCUCUAUGGCGUGAUUAUAAUGUUCUUGACUAUGAUGAGAGAAUUCUGGAUGGGUUUUAUGAUGUGUAUGCAAGUUCAUCUGAUUCUCGUUUCAAAGAAAAGUUGCCUUCUCUUGCCGAACUUGAACAAACACCCAUGCCACACAAUCUGGAUUAUGAAGUUGUGUUAGUCAACAGAGCAAUUGAUCCUGCACUGAAUGAGAUUGAACAAAUUGCACUUUGUUCACUGGACACUGGACCUGCUGAGCCUGGCCUAGUGAAUAGAAGCCUAGCAAAAAGAAUUGCCGAAAUUGUGGCAGAUCACAUGGGUGGCCCAGUAAGCAAUGCUAAUGACAUGCUAGCAAGAUGGACCAUAACAAGUUAUGAAUUGCGAGCAUCUUCAAAUAACAUCAUACUACUUCUUGGCUGCAUGAAGAUAGGGCUUUCACGUCAUCGGGCUCUGCUGUUUAAGGUAUUAGCAGACCUUGUUGGUAUCCCUUGCAGACUAGUAAAGGGUAGCCACUACACUGGAAUUGAUGGAGGAGCAAUCAACAUAAUAAAAUUGGAUGAAGGGGAGUUCAUAGUAGAUCUCAUGGGGGCCCCAGGCUCUUUGAUUCCUGUUGAGACUCCCAGUACAGCUCCUCCUCAGAUGGCAAAGAUGGAUAGCUUCAUCUUAGAUCAACGAAUUUCUGCACAAGUGGCCCAAGAUCUAUGGCCUCAAGAUAAAAAUAAUUUAUAUGCUGUGGAAAAUACGGCACCUCAGAUGAAUAUUAAUUCAGAACAGAAGUUCCAGGAUAUUUUGUUGGAUGAAAAUGCAGUAGGUGCUGCUCCACCUUUUUUAAGUGAGACUAACCCAUAUCAAUAUGCUGGAGAAAAGAAAGCCAUGCAACGAAAUAAGGUCUCUGAGAUUAGGAACACUGAAUUUUACAGACGCAGAGAGAAUAUCUUCUCUGGGCCUGGUCGAUCACCGCUGCCUAUCAUGCAGAAGAAUCCUUUCAUGAUGAAUAACAUUUUUGGGGAAAAUCCACGCAUUGAUCUUUUGGAUGGCUUGAGUGUGGGGAGGAAACCAGAGGUUAGGGGUUAUAAUUUAUCAACUAUGGCUGAGUCAUCUUCUUCACAGUCUCCACAUGUUGCUUAUUCUGGUAUUACAAAUUUGACCAACAACCAUAAUUCAACCAUCCAAUCUCCUUCAGGUGCUUUGGUUCACAGUGGAAUGAAUAAGGACCUCCUUGAUACACCAGUAGCUGUUACUGGAGCUACGGGUGGUGCUGUUGCUUCAUUUGUUGUAGCACCAGCAAAUAGAUGCAGUGAAUCACCAGUUGAUGAUGCCAUAGCUAUCGCUAUGAAUAAUUUUUUACCUUCAUUUCAACAAAAUGAAAAACACAUGGAACCAACUAAUUGCUUUGCAUGGGAUAUAGGGGAUAAGAAGGAUAACUAUGCCAAGAGAAAAGUAAAGGAGACCAGCGAAUAUGAAAGGAAGAUUUAUGAUAAACAUGGACAUCCACAACAUGCUAAUGACAGGUUGGCCUAUAGAAGUGGAAAUUCAGAGGACGAGCAAAAUCCAAGCCAUUCAAAUUCAAUUCAUCGUCCAAGACUGGAUGCUGUGUUGGAUGAUGUUGCAGAAUGGGAGAUACCAUGGGAAGAUCUUGUUAUUGGUGAGCGAAUUGGAUUAGGUUCUUAUGGUGAAGUUUAUCACGCAGACUGGAAUGGCACAGAAGUUGCUGUUAAAAAGUUUUUAGACCAGGAUUUCUCAGGGGAUGCACUGGAAGAGUUCAGAAGUGAAGUACGAAUAAUGCGGAGAUUACGGCAUCCAAAUGUUGUUUUAUUCAUGGGUGCUGUUACACGUCCUCCAAAUCUUUCUAUUGUGACUGAGUUUCUUCCAAGGGGGAGCCUGUAUAGACUGAUCCACCGCCCUAACAUUCAGAUAGAGGAAAAGCGACGCAUAAGAAUGGCUCUUGAUGUUGCUAAAGGAAUGAAUUGCUUGCAUAGUAGCACCCCUACAAUAGUUCAUCGAGAUCUGAAAUCUCCAAACCUCCUGGUUGAUAAAAACUGGGCAGUCAAGGUUUGUGAUUUUGGCUUGUCACGCAUGAAGCACAAUACAUUUCUAUCAUCAAAGUCUACAGCUGGAACGCCUGAAUGGAUGGCACCUGAAGUUCUUCGCAAUGAACCUUCAAAUGAAAAGUGUGAUGUUUAUAGUUUUGGUGUAAUAUUAUGGGAAUUGGCUACACUGCGAAUGCCAUGGAGUGGAAUGAAUCCUAUGCAGGUAGUGGGUGCUGUUGGUUUUCAGAAUCGGCGUUUAGAUAUUCCUAAAGAACUAGAUCCACUUGUUUCAAGGAUAAUCUGGCAAUGCUGGCAAAAUGAACCAAGUUUACGGCCUUCAUUCUCCGAACUUAUGGUUGCUCUCAAGCCAUUGCAGAGGCUUGUUAUUCCACCUCAGUCAGAUAACCGUGCAGUAUUGUCACAAGAUUACACUGUAAAUACCAGACAUCAACCAUGACAUAAGAUGGAGCAUUGUUGUGCCUCUUGUGAAUUGUAUUUAUAUCCUGGAAUCAAAGGGGGUUUCCAUCUGAUUGUAUAUUUAGAAAGCUAUUUCUAGAGAAAUUAUGAGGUAAAUUUAUUCUCAGUAUUUUGUGUACAAAGGACCAAAGAAACAGGAAAAGAAAACAGUAAUUGGUCAAUUGCUGAUUUCACAUCUCAACACACUUUUCACUUUUGUGCAAAGCACAUGAAUAGUCAUGCCCCUGGUUGAGUAAAAGGGACUAUGAAACUAUGAAAAAUUGAUUCAUGUGGGUUCCCACAGUUUGUUUCAAUAGGUGAUUUCGCCAAAAUAUGGCACCUUAAAACUGGCUGCUUUAGUUCAGUUUAUAUGCCCAUUGCCAGAAAAAUGAUACGAUUAUCAAUUCAUUCAAAGGAUGGGGAAAAAAGUUAUGCAUGAAGGAAUUUUUGUAUAGAGAUAUGAGACAUGAGCAGGUUUGCAGUAGUGCUUUUAAGCAUAAAAUCAAGCAGCCAUGAACCAAGACAAAUUGCCCUUUUAAUUAUGCUACCGUGAUGGUGCUCCUGUAUAUUGGACUUGUUCUUUCUAAAUAAGUCAUACGUGAAUACGGUGCUCCUGUAUAUUGAACUUGUUCUUUCUAAAUAAGUCAUACGUGAAUUAUUGAGGAUCAAUAGACAUGUAUAAUACUCCAAGGUGGCCCAUAGAAAAGCGUUAGUACACAUUGGAUCGAUUUAUUUCAUAAUAUCAUAUUAUACUCCUUGGUGGGCCAUAAGUAAACGAAAUCCUGAUGUUGGUCUUCAACAUCUUUAGUGCUUCAGUAAUUGUAAAUUUGGUACGUAAUCCAUGACUCUUUGGAAUUUUA